CUUAAAUCCAAGGGAAAUAUGUACGUAAAAUGUUUUUUUACAGAUGGGUAAGGCAGUGGCAACAACAUUGAACAGAAAUUUGAGAUAAUGAACAUUGUAUCUCAAUUCCCACUAAAAUCGUCUCGUAUCGCCACACUGCCUUUUAAUUUUCUGUAUGUUUAGGGUCAACUAAUCUAACAAUGGAAACAAAGGAAAAUCCCUCAAAGCCUUUUGUGUUUCCAGUCAUGAAAAAGACAAUUGAAGACCUAUUUACUAAGUCGAAAAUUACGAAAGAUGAUAUCGAAGCUUUCCAAGACAAAUAUUGGGAACAACUUGUUCCUAAUUUCAGUCAAGCACUGAAGCUUCUGGAUAUACACGGAGUUCCAAGACAUAAUAUUUUAUGGAGCAUAAACGAUCGCCUUAUGGAUGCUAUUAAGGCUAGAGUUGACUCGAAACCUGAUGAUUGUGACCAGAAAAAAUGCCAAAAGCUCUGGCAGAAGCUUAUCAAGACGGGAAUAGUGUAUAUCCAUCAUCCAUAUAUGCGUUCAUUAAUCAUGCAGGUUCUUGGUAAAAUGAAUUCGAUUAAAGAAAGGCAUGUCAACCUAAUUGUUGACAACAAAUAUUUAUAUGAUGAUGCUCCUUUACCGGUCUUACGUCAUAUUUGGGUUGCCCAUCCUCACAAAUUUCAAGAGGAAUUAGACAAAGUUAUAGCAACAUUUCAAUCUACAUGGUCUUCCGCUAUUUUAGAUGCCCUUUCAAUGUCUAUCACGUCUACUGCAUCGACAACAGCUGAUCUUGUCCCAAUUCUUUAUUGGCCACCUCGUCGUCGUAGACGUGAUCCUUCAAUUGUACGAAUUGUUGAAAUGAUUGGAGAAGGACAAGUCUUGUAUGAUAAAACUAUAAGCAUACUUCGUGAUCAAUGUAUAAAAUGUGAAAAAGCGGCUUAUUCACUCAUGGAACAACAAAUCAAAUCGACAAUUGGAAAUAAUAAUUCAUCUGAGGAAAUAGAUGAACAGCCACCACCAGCUAAACGAAGUAGACAACGUUUAUCAAGUAAAGAAAAAUCUUCAGAUAUAACACAACCUUUAGCUAAUCAACCUAUUCCAUAUAUCCCAUUAGCUUUUAUGCCUAAUCAACCUUCAGUUGCUUCAGCCACUUUAUGCACACUACGUUUUGAUUUAUUGAUGAGUUUAAACGAAGCAAAAAUUGAUCGACUGUGUGUUCCUGAUAGAAUUCAUCGUUUUGUUUGGUGCUUAGAUGCAUGUGUUCGCAAUCGUCGAAUUGAUCAAAGGCAUGCUAGUGAAUUAGCCUAUCAUUUACAAUUACAACGUCGUCGUUGGGCUAAAGAAACAGCUGAUGAAUGUCAUGAAUCAUAUGGAGAAUCUAAUGAGAAUAUCAGUGGAGAAAUGUCUAAACGUGGAUAUUCUAGUUCUCGCGGUAAAAAUUCUAAAAGUGGUAAAACCAAUCGGAAACAAUCUCCUUCAAGUACAGAAAAACAGUGCGAUUUAGAGGAUGUAGAAAAGACAGCUGAUGUAAACUUUUUAGAAAAAGAUAUGCAUAUGGCUUGUCGAGAUCCAUGGGUUGUUUACACCAUCUGUACAUCAUUAAUUCGUUACGUACUUAAUGGACUUUAUGAAGACAAAUUACCUCGGGAUAUACCUGAAGUACACUUACUUGUUCAUUUAUUAGUACUUGGCUUAGGCGACGAUUUAAUCCCGUAUUCUUGUUUACAAUUAAAAACUAAAGAAAGUUCUAUGAGUAAACGUAAUAGUACUACCGAUAUUGAUGAUCCUACAUUGAAUUGUCCAUCAAAAGCACUAAUUAGUUAUAUUUUACCAGCUGUUGCACAACUACAAGUAUUAACAUGGAGAGCACAAGUGGCUGAAGAGAUUUUAACAUUAAGCAAUAAUUUAUGGCCUACUACUAGUUUGGAAAAUACUACUGGCAGUAGUAAUAGUAGUAGUGGUGGCGGUGGUGGUGGUUUAACACCAUCUAAUAAUAAUAAUAAUAAUAAUACAAAUCAACGACCAACAUCUCAUGAAUCAAAAGAAUCAUUUAAUCCAUCAUCGUCAUCAUCAUCACCAUCAUCAUUGCCAACAACAUCACCACCAUUGGUUUGGCAAAAACGUAUUAAAGAUGCUACUCAAUGUGUCAAUAUAACUGUACCAUCAGGUUAUUUAGCACAUCCAAUUGGUUAUUUAAUUUUACAAUAUCAUUGUUUAUUUUGUUUAGAACGUAAUGAAUUAGCUACAUUACGUGCUUUAUUAAAAUUAGCUGUAACACUUGCACAAUCACGUGUAAAUCGUUCUAACCAUAAUAAAUCUACAACACAAUCUCAACCAAUUACACCAACAAAAGUGUUAUGUUCUGAUUCAUUAAUUUAUAAUAAUAAAUUUGGCCUAUCUGUUAUUUUUCGUUGGCGCCCAGAAGUUUUACAAAUUAUGAAACGAUUGAUGUUAGAUCACUUUUAUAAACUUCAAUAUCACUUGGUUCAUGAUCUCAAUAAUAAUAAUAAUAAUAAUAAUAAUAAUAAUAAUAAUAAUAAUAAUAAUAAUAAUAAUAAUAAUAAUAAUAAUAAUAAUAAUAAUAAUAAUAAUAAUAAUAAUAAUAAUAAUAAUAAUAAUAAUAAUAAUAAUAAUAAUAAUAAUAAUAAUAAUAAUAAUAAUAAUAAUAAUAAUAAUAAUAAUAAUAAUAAUAAUAAUAAUAAUAAUAAUAAUAAUAAUAUUAUUAUUAUUAAGAAUAAUAUUAAUAAUAAUAUUAAUAAUAAUAAUAAUAAUAAUAAUAAUAAUAAUAAUAUAAUAAUAAUAUAA